AGCUGAAGCUGUGAAUUGGUUCUUGUACAUGAUCGAUCGAUCGAUCUAGGGUUUACUGAAACAAUGGAUCCUCAAUCAAUCAGCGUGGAUGAAAAUUGGAAGGCGAAUCCGAUGGAGCUCUCUGAGGAGAUUCGAUCUACCGGUUCGAGGAAGCGCAAGGCGGAGGAUGAUGGUGGCUCACAGCAGUCCCCGCUGGACGAUUUCGAUGAUGAUGAUGACAUGGUGGAGUACGACGAAGAAAAAGGUGGUGGUGGUGGGGAGGAGAGCGAUGUGUCUAGCCGUGAGGAGGGCCAAGAAUGGGACGUGGAUAGUUUCGACGAUGGAUUCGAUUACAGACCCAAAAGGAACCUUGAUCCAAACGAUGAGUUAGGUCAAAAAAUGCAUCGAUAUAGAUAUCAGAUGUACCGGAGCAAGGGUUUCGAUGUGGAUGGAGCAAACUACCCUGGGAAUAUUUUCUACCGACCACUCGUUCCCAUUGAUCUUGAUAAACCAUUUACAUAUUUGGGCUGUCAGUGUCAGCAUACUGGCCGGGCGUUCAUGCAGACCAUGGUAGAUUUGGCUCUGGAAAGAUACAACACUGUCAAGGGAUCUACUGUGACUUGUGAGUAUAUUGUGAGAGUUGUAGUUUCUGAAGUGUCCGGACUCAAAUCGUACAUUAAUUUCAUGGCUAGAGUGAUUCCGGGUGGAGAUCUUGUGGAGUAUCAAGCUAAGACAGAGAAGAGGAUAUAUCAAAGGAAAGCUCAUGUCAUAUUUUGCAGGCCAGCUCCCAAACCCAAAGAUCCCACGGAUGAUGAUUUUGUCUACACGGAUACUUCAUCAAGUGAUGAUGUGGAUAGUGACGCGUCCAGCCGUGGAAGUGGCCAAGAGUGGGACGUGGAUAGUUUAGACGACCAACCUGAUUACAAACUCCCAAGGGUGCGUAUUUUCUUCGGAUGAUGAAGUUGAGAAAAUGCGCCUAUAUAGACCUCUGAUGAGAAAGAGCAAGGGUUUCUACGUGGAUGGAGAAUGCUACUCUGGGAGAAUGCGCUACUUCUCUCCCGUUGAUCUUAAUGAAGGCGUAACGCCUUAUGGGAUUACUGGCCGUGAGUACAUGCAAAACAUGGUGGAUUUGGCUCUGGAAAGAUACAACGAAAUCAAGGGAUCCAGUGUGACAUGUGAAUUUGUUGUAAGGGCUAAUCUGACUAAAGUGGGUGGAUAUAAGUCAUACAUUACUUUCAUGGCUAGAGAGGUUCCGGGUGAAGAUCUUGUGGAGUAUCAAGCUAAGACAGAGAAGAAGUUUUCGCAAAGGAAAGCUCAUGCCAUCUUUUGCAGGCGAAGUCCAAAAUCAAAUGGUGUACUAAAAUGGGAUAAAUCAUAAAUUUGCUACUAUAGUCGGUCCAUCAGAAUCGAGAAAUGGUGUGAAU